CGCUGCGCUCGUAAUUUCGUGCGCUCUCUUUAAAAAGUUACCUAGCAGCUCUUCUCGCCAUCUCCCUCCCCCCCUGCCGUGUGCAUUAAAUAAUACCUAACCAGGGGCGGCUGCAGUGGCCGGUGACCGAUGCUUCCCAGAACACAUAAAGAAGAGAUGCAGGACAAAUGACAACGAGUGACAAAUAUAACAAACUGUACUCAAUAUAUCAUGUUCAUAUUUGAGAUACGUUAGAGAUACUACAAUAAUAUUAAUAUUUAAGACAAAGAUUGUUCCGACAAUAACGAGAUGUGAAGUAUAGUUGAAGUAGGUUUUUAUAUGAAAUGUUCUGUGAGGAUUAUUGACAUGAUGACGGGGUGCUCCGCUCGAGCGAGAUCGGUUGCCAUGGAGACCGGGGGCCUGCCGCUGGUUUCUACAUUUGCCUUGUUGACCAUCGUCGCUGGUCAACUACAAGUGUCGGGGUAUAACGAAAAGGACCCGGAGUUCCUGUCACCCUUGGAAAACUUAACGGUAGCGCAGGGCAGGGAGGUGUACUUCACAUGUACUGUUAACAGGCUGGGCAAGUAUAAAGUAGCGUGGAUAAAGUCGGACACGAAGACGAUCCUAGCGAUCCACACUCACAUGGUGACGCUGAACCCGCGGCUGUCCGUCACCCACAACGGCCACAACACCUGGAAGCUGUACAUCAGCAGCGUGGAGCCGGAGGACUCGGGCACAUACAUGUGUCAAGUGAACACGGAUCCUAUGAUGAGUCAGAUGGGUCACUUAUACGUGGUGAUUCCCCCUGAGAUCACGGACGACGGCGGGUCCGAGGCGAGCGCGCUCGAAGGCGGAGCGGUGGAGCUCCGCUGCACGGCUACGGGCGUGCCCGAGCCCACCAUAUCGUGGAAGCGGGCGGGGGGCCGCAACAUUGUCAUUCGGGAUGACAAAGGGAAGCAGAUCAAAGUGACGGACGUCUUCAAGGGGUCGACGCUGUCGCUAAAGGGGCUGCAGCGCAGCGACAUCGGCACGUACCUCUGCAUCGCGGCCAACUCCGUCCCGCCCACGAAGAGCCGCCGCUACGAGGUCUCUGUGCAUUUCAAGCCGAGCUUGGAAGUGGAGCAUCCAGUGGUGAUGCGGGCCGCCGACAAACAAGUGACGCUGCAGUGCCUCGUGGAGGCCUCGCCCAAGUCGCUCAACACUUGGCAGCGGGACAAAUCACCUAUCGGUGGCAAGCUAAUGAACAGUUCGAAGUACAUGAUAUCGGAGGAGGUGAUAAGCGAAUACGCGCUGCGUAUGAACCUGACCGUGACGCGGCUCAAGAAGGGCGACUUCGGCGAAUACUCGUGCGCAGCGGCGAACGCGCUGGGCCGCGCUGAGGGCGUCAUCACUCUCAAAGAAACGCCGCAGCGCACAACCACAACAACUACGACAACAACGACGACGACAACGACAACGCCCGCGCCGACGACAACCACGAGCACGACGACGCGGCCGCCCAAGCGCCACCACAAGAACCAGAACGUCAUCGUCGACGACCUGCGUCACGCCGACCUCGGCAACGCCAUCAACACUUACAGCGCGUUCGCCCCGCCCAACAACUCGCACAACGAACACGCGCAGCGGACAGACAGGAAGAAAGCUCGCCCCUCCGGCCCUCCAUACGUACUCUACAAUGGACGCACCACGCGACUGAAGCCCUCGCUCGCGUUAGCCCUACUUAUCAAACUAUUUGUAUAAAUUUUACCUUAGUGAUAAAAUAUGGCUGUUGAAUUUUGUAUUACAUAUUUUGAAGUUGUUAGAAUGGUUGCCCAUUAAAAUCGUUGUUUAGACGUUAUCGGUCAGGCUUAAUGUUGAAUGCCUUGACUGGAAAUGAAGACAAUAAAUAAUGAGAGGUCGAAUUUUUGUUCCACCAUAAUUGCUAUCUCCUGAACAUUCAAUUAAUGAUGAUGAUGUUCGCAGUUAUAAUGUAUCAUUUAAGACACCAUAUCAGUCAAACGUCAGUUUUUAUACACGUUUGACAUUUUAUUUUGAGUAGUAGUUAAUGUUUUUAAUAUAGAAAGUGAUAAUUUCGUAACUCGACAAUAUAAAUCUGAAGUUUUAAAAAUCUUAUUUUAGACUACAAGUGCUGAAUGUUAUAUUACUCGUUGUAAUAAGUUAACCGUUAAUAUGAUAAUGUUUAGCGCUAUUUUCAUAAUAAUUAUGACAAUACGAUUAUGAAUAAAGACAAUAGCUGUAGAAUAAGAAUGUAUAGAGACCAAGUUGUUUAAACGAACGUAUAAAUGCAUGUAUUGUAUAGUCAUAAUGUAGUAACUACUCUAUAAUGUAUGUAGUCGAUUUUUGGGUUGAGCUAUUCGUGAAUGGAUUAACGGAUCGAUAUCGAACCACUUCGAGUAUUUUUUGUAAUAUGAUGUAGAAUAUGUACAAUAUUUAUUAAUAGGUAUACGCAUUAAUACCAUAUGAUAAAAAGUAUCCACGGUUUGGUUCUACCAUGUACUAAACGUGGACAUUAAAGUUCUAUAGAAAUUAUAUUAGUUACCAAAUUUUAUUAAAGAUAUUUUUGUUUAGAUAAUAAUAGAAUUCAUAAGAUUUGUGUUAUUCUUUAAGAAAUAUUAACGACUACCUAUCUAAAAUAUCUGAAAGUAAUCUUAUAAUAAAUUUAUGUCUUCCGGAUAGUGUAUUUAAAAUAUAAAUUCGGCUCAUUUAAAUUUAUACACCUAAGUUUAAUAAUCGUAGAAAGAGGAGUUCCUUUUGGACUUCUUAUAUUAUGUAGAAAUAAUUAAUGAGGAUGAAUUUAUUGUAGAAAUAGAAGGCGUGCGUGUACAUGCACUUUUGAUAAGGGAAAGCUAAAUAAGCAUAACGUCGAUAUUUACUACCAAUAGAAAAUAUGUUAUUAUAUUGCAUUCGCGUAGUUAUUAUUAUAAAGACGCCUCGACGGUGUUUUGUUUAAUACAGAGAUAUCAUUUUGGAUACAUCGAAUCAUGAAUUAAAAAAGAUUUAACGUAUUAAAACUUUCAAGAAUUUUUAUACUACUAAUAACUACGGUAACUACUGACCAUUUGAUUUUUUUUAUACCAACAAUAAUUAAAAAAAAAAAGUUACCGUGUCGAAGACGGAUUAUUUUUAAGCAUUUAGUAAAAUGCUGUAUUUGUCUGACUUAUUGUCUGAUGCUUUCGUCAUUGAAAUAUGUAAAAAGUUUCAUUACUUAAACUUCACUACAGGGCAGUCCAAAUCUUAAAAAUCAAUAAUGAUAUAUGUAUGUAGCAAACUUUUGUAAAUUUCGAGUUUAGACUUUUCGUUUAGAAAAGAUUUUAGUGACAUUAUCCAAAGUUUGUACACUCCAGCCGGCGUAUCCUAUGCGUAUGCUUGCAAUUUUAUCACUUUUCUUCGUGGAUAAAGCAAAUAAUCUGAUAAAAUUGAAAGCAUAAUAGCCCUGCAGCAUUUGCCAUUUAUUUAUUUAUUUCAUUUCAAUUAUGAAAUUGUAACGACCAAUUCGUAAGAUUAUUUUAUUAAUGCAAAGGUUUGAACCGCCCUAUAUGUCCAAUACAACAAAACCGUAAUGCUGUGUUCAUUACAUUACCUUACUCGUGCCGUGCCGUCAUAAUGUCGCUGCUGUAUCUGUGAAUAUCCUUGAUCAGAAUAAGUGAUGAUACUGAUGAUGGACUGAAAAUAAUGUCAUGUAACGUUGCACAUCGGUCAAGUAUGGUUUAAUAUAGGCAAAUAUUUAUUAGAUCUAGAUACAAUUGGAGUUGGACAUUUCUGAGUCAAAAGUGACUAGUUGUUUGAAACAAGGUAAUUUUUGACGAAGGCACGUCCGAUCCAUAGCGUAUCUAAGAGAGCUAAUAUUUGACGUAUAUUGAAGUUAUAAUCGCACUGUUAGUCGUGGGAAAAUAGAGACAGCGGCUGCAAUACAACGUUGCAACGGUUAUACUGCUGUCUAAAACGUUAGCUCCAAUUAUAUUCUUGGCGUUAAUUUUCAUUAAUGCAACAUCGUCAACUGUCUCGUGGAAUGUGGAAAAUAUAUACUCAUUGUAAAAAACUAUCUACUUAGGACUUACUUAUCUCAUCUGACUUGAUAUCAAAUGCAUAUCUUGCAAAAUAUUAUAUGAUGAUAUUGAUGAAUCAAACAACUUUGACAUUGAUAAUUUACUAUACAUUUUAUUCAAUACAAUACGCUCUAAUAAUAAACAAUAAAAUAUGUUUCGCUUAUAAAGUAGUCGUAAUGACAAAAAUACCAUUUAAUUUUAAUGACAAUAAAGUUUGACAAUCAUUAUUGUAUUCGUAAUUAAUAUACAAAUAUCAUGUUAAACCAAUGACAUUAUGAAUGCGAAUCUAUUUAUCAGUGUUAACUUUAAGAUGUUGAUAUCAUUUUAUGACA